UUGGUAGUAUAAACAUUUCCUGUAAAUGUUUGUUAUAGAUAUAUUUGCAAAGAUUUUUGUACGUCAAUUUUGGGAACAAAUUUCGCACUAUGAUUUGCCUGAUAUCAGUCUUGCAGAUAGCUUUUGUAAUAUCGUUGACGGACGUAUCCAACUUUUAUGCAGCCACUGUACAACAUUCAACAUUGCGUCAGGUUGUUGUGAACAUGAUUGAUUUCCAAACAAUAUCAUUGACUGCUAAAAUACUGCAUUUCAGUGACACUGAACACAAAAAUUAGUAAAACAAUAACAAGUGAUAUGCAAAACGUAAUUUGCACACCAUUAGAAUAUAGUUUUUGAUGCUUUGCAUUAAACAAUAUCUUGAACGGAUGGGACAGAAACUCACAGGGACUAAGCUGCUACGAUAUCGUGAUUUGCUUUACAAUACAUUGUAAAAUAGAAAAAGUGGAAACUCCACUGGUACACGUGCUAGGGAUUCACAGACAGAAAAAUACUAAUAUUUUACAUUGUCAUAUAACUUUGAAACAUUGUGGAGAAUGAGUGAAGUUUUGCGCAUAUAUAACUAAUUUAAAUUUCCCAAUAGUAUUUUAACAAACAGACUGUUCCUCUUUGUUUUUUUUCACGAUUGCUCAUUCACUUUACUAUUGUGUACUUAACAAGUCAUAUAUACAAUCCUAUGUGGGCUUUCUUUUAAAAAGAUAUAUUUAAUGUUAUUUUAGUGAUGUCGAACACUUUUUACGAUUAAAAUUUUCUUCUGUGAAUCGUCGAAUUUGUAUACUAUCAGGUUUUUUCAGAAACACAUGGAAACCAUUUAUAUAGAAAUCAGAACAAAUGAACUUUACUAUAUGUCUAUCUUUUGAACAAUACCGGCUUUGCAUAUGAGUGUUUCUGAGAAUAAAUUAUUAUAUUGAACAUGUAAAUACUUCUUGUAUUUUUUCUUAAUAUUUAUCCGCAGAAAUAUCAAUAGCAGAGGACAGAAACUGCACAGUACAGUCAAUUAUUAUGGGUGGUGUUGUAACUGUUUUUGUACUCAUAUCAGUAUAUGCGGGCUAUACAACUUUAACAAUAAGAAGACUGAAAGCAAAUAAAGACAAUGUAAUGAAUGAAGUCCAUGGGAACGUACUUGCACAACAUGAUCCAGUUUAUGUGAACGAAUCUAUUAUGAUGAGGACAAGAGGAACAGAGGAACAACCAAAUUUUGACGAUGCUUCAGUCAGCGAACCCGCGACAGGAUACGAAAGAAUGGAUGACACAACAAGAGAUGUCAGAUCAAAUUAUGACAUUAUACAAAAUCAAAAUCCUAUAGAUUAAUCAGUGUCCAAGUUUUUGCAAAUUUUUCAUAAACGUUAUUUGAAAAGUAAUACAUGUUUUAUGCACGAAACAUGUGAACAUUAACGAAAUAUUUGAAUAGAAAUCGCCAUUACAUACUAUACAGUUUACGGUCUUUCCGUUCAUGUAUGUUAAAAUAUGUACAUUAUACAGACCUUAAUGUCCACAUUUCGAUUUUGUGCUGUAGAAUCUUAAGCUUCAAUAUCUAAAGGACCGAGUUUUACACUUUGAGAUUGCAGCAAUUUGGCUUAAAAUGAUACGUGGUUCAUUUCGUUAAAUGUGCUGUUGUAAUCUAAAAAAAAAUGUAAAUAUAAAUAUCAUAUAACUUAGAUAUACAUUUUAUGGGUAGUGUCUGCUGACAUUUCAAUACUUAUCGGUACGGAAACUUUACCGACAAGCAUCACAUGUAACAUAAUAACUACAUUGUACGUAUAUCAAUUUAAACGGAAUUUGAAUUAUGAAAAAUACCAAUAAACUAGUCUUGGUGCGCUUGUAUUUCAGUAACCACAUGUGGGAAUGGUUUGGUACUUCAAACACGUAUUUACUGUAUCUUACAUAAAAUGCAGAUAUUCCAUAAUGCUGAUUUGCAUUUUUGCAAAAUGAUUGUAUGUAAGCAAAUGUCUCAGAACCCACCGAUGGGAAAGGAUUGAAACUUCCUACACUUUACCACUGUGAUGAGCUAUUAUGCAUUUUACUGGUUCCACAGCUUUGUCUUGCAGAUUUAUCUAAUUAUGUCCAUUUUUCGACUUUGGAAUUCAUUUAUUAAACUUUCUUUAGUGACACAGCUGUUUACUAGUUGAGCGUCUCUGUCUUUGACAGCUCUUGUUUUUGUAUUAAUGUUUUGGUUGGACGCCUACUCUUAGAACAGAACCAUCUGUCUUAAUGAAAAAUGCUUUAAUCUUUUUAUUCACUAUAUAUAUUAGUUGCGUGUACUAUAACAGUUAUUUUUAGUAUUAAUAUAAUAAAGCUGAUAGCGUCUUUUAAUGUGGCAUAAAGAUAAAAAUCGGUAUCUUUUCUAGCAAUAAAGAAUUGAAAUAACACAAUAAUUAAUACAGCUGUUGAUUAACAUACAAAAACACAUGUCUUAUUACAAAUGACACAGCUCCGACUAGUAGGUUACAUGACCUUUAAAUUAAACAUUUAUUUUCAUGAAACGUAAGAUUUUUUUAUUAUUGCCGCAUUAAUACUUUCUUAACCAUUCAAACGCUUUCACAUAGUACAGCUUCCUUUCAGAGUUGCAAUACAUAGCCAAAACACUAUUUCAUCGUUCAAUGCAAUAUUGAAUGCCUAGAAUGAUAAGAUUCCCUGUUUGUGUAAACAUUUCAGUAACUUAACUGGUGCUAUAUGUUAUUUUCCAUACAAUAUAAUUAUACAAAAUAUAAAGAAAAUAUACUUUUUUGAUACUGUCUUACAUGUCAUAUGUGUCAUUAUUAAAACAAUCUGUAAAUACAACGUCAUCCAAAGACAAAUCUUAUUACAUUGCAAUGAAUCCUGAAGUCAGUCAGGGGUAAAAUGGUAACAGGUAAACGGGUCGUCGAGAAAAGAAAAUUGUUAAAUGUUUUCUCUUAUUUACUAUUGCGAAUAUGUGGAUAUUAUAUGAGUGUCUUUUCAUAUUAAAUUUAUUGAGCGAGUUGAAUAAAUUCUGCCGUGCAUUUAAUCAGUUCGAUUUAACGUGUUUAAUAAAUGCAGUGUGGUCUCCCUACUAUAGACCAAGUCAAUUCGACCAAUGUCUCCUACACUUACAGUAGGUACACGAGAGGUUUGUGUGGAAGGCAAUAGACAUUGCUGGACUUUUUAUUUUCGCCUAACUCUUUAACACAAGGCCAAAUAUAGUAAUUUUUUGGAAAAGUAGCCCAUAUUUUCGCAGACCGUGAUUUCGUUUUAGCUUUGCAUGGACAACUGUCUUAUCAAUUGCAAAUACUGAUAUAGAUUUUACGAUAAUACACAACAUAUAAUUACAAUUUGCUUUAUUUCGUUUUCUGUUUGUAGUGGAUUUCUGCUGAAUCUAAAAGGGGUGAUCUCCGACAGGCAUGAGAAAGGUCCAAAAACUGACAUCUGCUAUCUUAUCAUUCGUUCAGUAGCAAUAAGAUAUUUUAAUGUAUUCUAUACGUGUCAGUUACCAUUCGUUACCGAAACGUGUGCAAAACAAUAAUUACGACGUGUUUUUAUAUUUAUCAAAGAGAAAAAAGGGUAUUAAUUAGACCAUAUAUUUUCCAUCUACAUCUUCCCCUGAGCAAGCCUUCACACAUGAAGCUUUUAUAUCUGAAUUUAAUCAAAGAUUUAUUGACAAUAUUCCCUAAUAAAUACUUAUCUGAUAUCAGCGUACCAAAAUCAAAGAAACGUUAAUUUGGUGGUGGGUCUUUUCAACGGCUAUUUAAGGGAAAGGGUAUUGUUCUUAGACAACAUACCUUUUCCAUAGGUGUUUCCACACGAGUCGAACUCGGCAUGAUCAGACUACUUGUUCUCCUUGGACUUUGCUGCGUGCUCCCUUUUGUAGAGCUGUCUCAAGACUUUAUAGACGAUGUUGUCAGAAGACAUAAUGAACUGAGAAUGACGCAUGGCGUUAAUAAUGUUACCGAAGACACAACGAUUACCGCGUAUGCCCAGGAAUGGGCUGACCAUUUGGCCUCGACAGGCCAAUUUUAUCAUCGGCCUAACAAUUCAUAUGGAGAAAAUCUUGCCUUCAGAUGGCCAGCUUAUUCAGGUGCUGAAUAUGUGGAUCAGUUAUACACUGAUGAAGAAGCAUUCUAUGCCAGUCAUUCCUACUACGGAUCAGAGCCUAACUUGAACAACUUUGCAGAAUACGGACAUUUUACCCAAAUUGUCUGGAAGGCAUGUACAAAGAUUGGCGUCGGAAAUAACGGUCCGUUUGUGGUCAUUAACUACGAUGCUGGCAACCUGAUAAGCACGUUCGCGGUCAAUGUCCUAGCACCGCAGUAACAAACCGGAAAUACAUACCAUCACCAGUCGGCACAGAUUAAAGCUUUCUGAUUUUAAGUAUAUUGGUCGCGAUCAUAUUUAUUUUAUUGAAAUAAAGUAGGCCUCAUAAA